UUGCUCAGUAUAUUUACUAAUACAUUAAUAAAAACAGUGACGUAAAUGGUUAAAAAACGGUAAACAGAUUUAGAUUUUGCUUCGAAUGUCACAAUGAAAUGUUAUCCCCUUUGUUUGUGAUUGUUUUUUGUGCAGUGACACCCUCGGUCGGUAAAAUCAACCUACCUCCCUGUAGUGAAAUGUCAGUCACAGUAAUAAUAACACACUUACGACACCGGAAAUGUAAUUAGUCCCCCUAGUUACCUUCUGCUUGUUGUCAAGUCGUGUAAAUUGUUUAUUUGUAAAUAAAAACAAUCCUGAAAAGUGUGUGUGAAAAAUGGAAGAACCAGCACUCGUAAGUUCGCCUUUACUCCCUGAAAAAUCGAAGAAGCGUUACGAAUCGACGUAUAAAUUAUUCAAAGAUUGGUGUUUAGCUAAAGACAACGCCUCAGUUUCGGAGUCCUUGCUCUUGUCGUACUUUCAAGAAAAAGCCUCAGUACUGAAAUCGCCUUCGAGUCUGUGGUGCGAAUAUUCCAUGCUGAAAACGACGAUUUUUGUCAACGAAAAUGUCGAUAUUUCAAAGUUCCUGAAACUUAGGGCGUUCCUGAAACGACAGAAUGCGGGCUACAAGCCGAAAAAGUCCAACACUUUUAGCAGGGAGGGCAUCAGUCAGUUCUUGGAAGAGGCCCCUGAUGACAAAUACUUACUCAUGAAGGUUGUGAUGUUGAUGGGAAUCACCGGCGCGUGUCGCAGUCACGAACUCUGCGGCAUGAAACUGGAAAAUGUGAAAGAAACGGGUGACUUGUUCAUUGUCACAAUCCCCGAUUCGAAAACGGGGAUGUCCCGAAUGUUCAUAAUCACCGAACACAUAGAUAAAGUGAAGAAAUACAUCGAGUUGCGAUCGAAAUUAACAAUUGAAAGUCCGCGUUUCUUCAUGCGGUAUCAAGGGGGGCGAUGUUUCAACCAACCGGUGGGUCGAAACACCUUCAUUGAAAUUCCGUGUCGCAUCGCGAAGUUUCUGAAUUUGGAAAAUCCCGAGAGUUACACUGGGAGGGCGUUUCGGCGAACUUCGGCCACUCUCGCGGCGAAUGCCGGACUCGGCCGGUGGAAUUUUCCGAGUUUUGCCGAAGGUUUGGUGAGGAAUUCCCCGAUUAUUCAAGGAAGUGAAGUGGCCAAUCCGCUUCAUGUUGACGUUCCGGUGAAUGUCAAGGAGGAGUUGAUGAGUGAUAAUGAGUUGUCGAGUGCGAGCGAAGCGAACGAGAAAGAAUCAAAUUGUGCGAAUCGAGUUUUAUAUAAUAUUAAUGAUAAUGAAGUCGCGGGUUUAUCGACGAGUCGAUGCAAAGACGAGAUUGUUAUCAACGGGAGUGAGUUUUCUAGUUCAGAUCAAAAUAUUAAAAUCACCAAAACGGAUAAUCCCAACGGGAAUCCGUCAUUUCUCAUUAAUGUUAGUAAUUGUAGCAAUUGUAAUCUCACUAUAAAUAUAAAUUAUUAACUUAUUAA